AUGUUUUCGCGUUCUCUACUCGGCCUGCUGGCCCUCGUCGGGUCGGUGGCCGCUCAAACCUAUACCAACUGUGACCCCCUCAACAAGACGUGUCCCGCGGAUCCCGCGCUGGGCACGGAGCAUACCUGGCAAUUCAACACCACGCUUGACGACAAGAUCUGGAACGUGACCAACGGCGAAAUCACCACUGCCAGCAACGGCACCAUGUUCCAGAUCAAGGAGAAGCUGCAGUCGCCCACCAUCGAGUCUACCUUCUAUAUCUUCUUCGGCAUCGUCGAGUCGCAUGUCCAGAUGGCCAGUGGCGCCGGCGUCGUGAGCAGUGUCGUCCUCGAGUCUGACGACCUGGAUGAGAUCGAUUGGGAGUGGGUCGGCUACAACACCAGCGGCGUGCAGUCCAACUACUACGGCAAGGGCAACACCACCUCCUACGACCGCGCCGGUUACCACUACGUCCCCAACGCCGCCACCGAGUUCCACAACUACACCACCCACUGGACCCAUGAGAAGCUCGAGUGGUGGAUCGAUGGCGAGUUGGUCCGCACCCUGCUCUACGAAGAUGCCGUCGACGGCAGGAACUAUCCCCAGACUCCCUCCACCGUGCGCUACGGAAUCUGGCCCGGCGGUGAUCCCAGCGAGUCUACCGGCACAAUCGAAUGGGCCGGCGGCGAGAUCAACUACACCGCAGGCCCCUACACCAUGAUCGUCGAAAAGGUCCGCGUCCACGACUUCCACACCGGCAAGUCCUACGAGUACACCAACCACUCGGGUGACUGGCAAAGCAUCAAAGUCGUCAGUGGUAAUUCCACUGCCGAGGUUGAGCUGACCAAGGCCCCUGCAAAGACCCUGGCCGAGAAGUGGGCGGAUCUGUCCACCGGCGCCAAAAUCGGUAUCUACUGCGGCGCCGCUGCCUUCGUCGUCGGUUCCGCCGGCGCCUUUGUCCUGUUCUUUCUCAACCAGCGCAAGAAGGGUCGUCUCGAACACGCCCUCGAGGAUACCAAGUUCUCCGCCGAGCGUACGGAAAUGCAAAACUUCCAGACCGACUGGCGACAAAGCGAAUGGAAGAACAACGGUUACCGUCCCGUACAGUAA